AUGGGCGGGCAUCCCAGCGAGAGCCAGGAUCUCAGCGUCCGUAUUAUCCGUCCGAGUGUGCAGCAGUUGCCAGACCAUCCACAGCAGGGCAAGCUGACAGAAUCCAAGCAUGAUCCUUGUCGGGAGGAAUCGCCCUCCGAGAAGCCAGCCAUGAGCAGCAAGGUCACCGCAGUCACCCCUCUCCCUUCCCCAGCCCCCCCUGCUGCCCCCCUCAGCCCCCCUUCUCCCCUGGGGGAGGAACAGGAGGUGGUCACCACCUUUUGCACCCUACUCCCCAAGAUGCCCCAGUGGAAAUUCUCCGGCCCGUCUGGCUUUCUCAGCCGCAGCCCGUCCAGUGCCAGCAAAGACCUCUCAGCAUCGGUCAAAAGCGGCAGCCUGGCAGAGGCCGAGGGUAUCACGGUGCCCUCGUCGGCCUCGGGGUCAGGCCUGGCCGCUGUCCUCAGUGCCUGCGAACCGGUCUGUGCCACACCCUGCAGCAGACUGAAAGGAGGGGCGGCCGGGGGCAGGAAGACGCCUCGGGCCCCGGGGCCCCGAGCCCCUGGGGAGGAGUGGAGCCGGAAAGGGAGUUUCAUCAGCAAACCGGUCCAAGGUUGGCUGCAUCCCGAUGACAGAGUUUUAGGCCCCGGAGUCUCCUACAUCGUCCGGUAUAUGGGUUGUAUUGAGAUCCUGCGAUCAAUGAGAUCUUUGGAUUUUAACACCCGGACACAAGUCACCAAGGAAGCCAUCAACCGACUGUACGAGACAGUCCCAGGAGUCAGAGGGAACUGGAAGAAAAAGGCGCCAAACAAAAGUCUCUUUUCAAUCCUUGGCAAGAGCAAUCUCCGAUUUGCCGGCAUUAGCAUAGCUGUCAAUAUUUCCAUCGAUGGGUUGAACCUGAUGAUCCCCACCACCCGACAGAUCAUCGCGAAUCACCACAUGCAAUCCAUCUCCUUCGCCUCGGGGGGUGACACGGAUACAACCGAUUACGUCGCUUAUGUUGCCAAGGAUCCCAUCAACCAGCGAGCCUGCCACAUCUUGGAAUGCUGCGACGGACUGGCGCAGAGCAUCAUCAACACCGUCGGGCAGGCCUUUGAGCUCCGCUUUAAGCAGUACCUGCACAGCCCUCCCCAAACUGUAGCACCCCAGGAGAGGACAAUGGGAGUGGACGAUUGUUGGGGUGAAGAGGAAGACUCCUCAGGACACAAUUACUACAACAGCAUCCCCGGGAAGCAGCCCCCGCUUGGCGGCCUGGUGGAUUCUCGCCUCCAUUAUGGAUCGGCGUCCAGCCACACGCUCUCGCUGGGUUCCUACGCCACCCACUUCAGCCAGGUGACCCCCAAACUCCUUGGCAGGUUCAGCUGGUGUAUCCCAGCCUGUUUAGCUCAACUUAAAAGGGUCGGUCCUUCAGCCAGAAGGGAACCCAGUAGUCACUCAAACCUGAACUGGGAUGCUGAUCUUUCUGGUCACUGUUGCGACGGCUACGUUCAGGCAGACAGCAAACCUUUGGGCUCUCAAGAUUACGAACAGCACAUGUAUGUCAACACUGAAAACUUCAACAGCUGGGAGACCAAUGCUGGGAAACCUGAUGAGAGUCCUCCCAAAGACCUUUUCGAUAUGCGUAAGAGACGGGGGCUUAUGGGGAAAGCUGGGGAUGGAUUUUGGCUGGAACUGGUUCUAGAGCCAGUGAGAACGAAGGACGCCUUGUUUGAAAGCAUCAGCCACCUCAUCAACUAUCACCUGCAAAACGGACAGCCGAUCGUGGCGGCGGAGAGCGAACUCCACCUGCGGCAGGUGGUCCGAUGGAAGCCAUGAUGCUUGGGGGAACCUGUCCCUCUGCUCUGAAAUAAACACUAGA